AGCAAGACUCCAUGUACAAGACUGGGUCCACUUCUGAGCUGCUGUUUCAACACAAGGCGAACAGUGACAGUGCUGGAUUUAGCGAUGGGCUGCGCACACAGGCGCACCUCAAGUCUUACGGAAUACCGGCCGGGAGGGACUUGCUUACGCAGUCCUACCUGCCUGGCUACACGCUGACUGCCCUACAGCAGCUCCACAACGGCUAUGGGACAGCCGUCCACAGUCAAAUUGACGACUGUGGCGGGGCGGAGGUGGUGCAUAGCGGAGUCCCAAAUGGGUUCUGUCUCACCAUGGACAGUGGUCAGGGUGGCAUGGAGGCUGCACAGACUGCUGCCCUCGAAGCUGGCACGUACCCGCUCGGAAAUGCUGCACACAGCUCGUACGGUGACAACAGCAGCCACUUUGGUCAGCCGCUCACCUUCUCGGCAAAUCACGUGGCCCUCCCGAUUCUCCCAGCCAACGUCGGCCACUCCGCUGACUCUGGACACUCGUUUUACACCGGCCACAGGGUGGACAUCGGUCACGCGCCCCUGAUUAGCCAAGCAGGACAGCUGAGCUACUUAACUCACUUCAACCGCUCGUGCCUUGCUGAUCACGCUCUCAAACAUGAAAACUCAGAUUGUCUGAAUUAUUCGGUGAGCUGCAGGUAUCCACGCACCUAUAAUUAUAAGCCCGUCUCGAACCAGCCUGUCCUGUAUAACAACGUCCCGAAAUUUGGCCACUCCGUCCACGGCAAUAACGCUGCUCAACUGAACCACUCGGCCCACCUCAGUCACCCCGUUCACUAUCACCACCCCACCCUCCCUCGGCCUUCUUUCAACUACAACCACUCUGCUUUCCUUCACCACUCGGCCGUACCCAACAACGUGGCCCCAUUUAGCCACACUUCACAAAUGAACCACUCGGUCAGCCGCAGCCCUCUGCCCGUGUCCGUGCAGUCAGUUCACCCCAUGCACGCGUUCCAACACGGCCAGCGGCUGGUGUCGAGCCCGACCCCUCUCAUCUAUAACACGUAUUUCGUGAGCACCGCUGACGAGCAGGGUUCCGGCACAUUGCAGUACGAGGCUACGCAGUUCAAUCCCAGGUGCGACGCCGCCGUGAAGUCCCCUGGGCUGGCGGUGUCCACUUCCUGUGCUGUGGGACUGGCGGAGCCCACACAAUGCACCUUGAGUGGUGGAGAUGGCGGUGGUGGGGGUGGUAGUGCCUUCAUGUGGCAGGAGCUCCCGGCAAGCUCCACCCCCGCCUCCGCUUCUCAGUUCUACUACCAGCCAGCGGACUGCAGUGGCUCUGGUAGCUGCCUCUCUCCUCGCCAGAUGUCCGCGGAUCACGUGACCGGCGGUAACCCCGUGUCGGACUACGUAGGGCACUCUGGGAACAUGACGGGAAGCCAGUACGCGAGCGCCAGCGGCGCAGCCCCCGCCGGUUCUAGCGAGCGCCACGUUGCACCGGACGACGACAUGGAUGGCCGCCCUGCCUGGCCUUGCUCGCCUCUCGGGUCGAGCGCCGAUCGCCCGUGCCCAUCCCACGGAGAGCACGGCGUUGAUGACGGCGCACCGAAGUGCGCGGGGGAAAUGCUGGUGGAGAGAAUCGCGUUCACGGCGAUCGACGCGAUGGAUUUUCAGGACGACGGCACCGAAUUGACGGGACAGUGCGGGAGUUCGCUCGGGUCCUGCAGCGACGGUUCAGGUACCCGAGACUCCACGGCGGCGAGGGAAGAAGAUCUCGACAAAGCGGCCCUCGUGCACGAGGAGCACAGAGAAUCGUGAAGUUUCACUUCACCGAAGCCCCGAUUUUUAUUUGUUAUGCUUUAUUUCUUUUUUUCCCUGGAGACCAAUUACACCGUACUCACCUCGCGACUCAUGAGGUCGUGCAAUGUUUCUCAACACCAGUCCUCGCGACCCCCUCACGGUACACAUUUCGUGAUUACCAUCAGAUUUGUGCAGUGUGAAAUGGUGGUAACGGGUGGCAGCCCCAACAAUGACUUCCUCCCGCCACUUCUGGCAGUGGCCGAUUCUUCCACACUGGCCAUAAGUCCACCCAAUUGGGUGGGUAGAGGUGAGGAGGUGGGGGGCGGAGGGAGCAAUUUAAUAAAACUACCCAUUUUAGCUUUUUGCACGGGGUGGGGAGAGAGAUCAAACCGUUACACGUCACACCGCAGCAACAUCACAGUGGCUUUACUUGGUCUACGAAUGAAAAAAUCACGAAAAUCCGGAGUGUGGAGGUGGGGGGGGCAGUUGUGAGGACUGGAUUUGAGAAGCACUGCAAUCCGGUGCCCCUGAAGUGCACGGCUGGAGAUGGAUCUCUGUCGUGCUGGGAGUCUAUCGCGUGGGGCUUGGUGGAACUCAUGCAUUUCCGUUGCAGUAGUUGAGUCCCAUGACGUGUGGCUCAUGUUGGAGUUUGUUUGAUUUUGGGGGUACAGUGAAACCCCUGAUGUGAAGAUUUGUCGUUUUCAGGGGUCCAGCCAAAUUGAAUGUUUCUGUGGGAAAGUGUUAUAUUGGGGAGCAUAGAUUGUAGAUCA